UGGUGACGGCCGCGUGUGCUUGUGAAUGGUGAGUGCCUGGCACCUGCCCAGAUUCUGCAUCUUUGUGCACGAGUCCCUUGGGGUCACCCAGGCGCAGCCGACGCAAGAGCAGAGAAAGGAGGGCGCUACCCGCGAACCAUGAGCCCAGGUGGACUGGAAGCUUCGUUGAUUGUCUUGAUGCUGUUGGGUACCCUCAGCCGCGCUUCCACGAAUGAGGUGAGUAAGUGUGGAAGAAAUGAAUUUCAGUGCAGAAAUGGAGAUUGCAUCCCUUACAAAUGGAUCUGCGAUGGCAAGGCUGAAUGCCAGGAUGGCUCUGAUGAAUCCCUGGAUGCCUGCAAAUCUGUGACUUGCAGUUCAACCCAAUUUAGCUGUGGUGGCCGCAUCAAUCGUUGUAUUGAUAUGUCCUGGCGAUGUGACUCACAAACAGAUUGUGAAAAUGGCUCCGAUGAAGACAACUGCCCUCCUAAACAUUGUGCCGAUCAUCAGUUUCAGUGCCAGAAUGGGAACUGUAUUGCUCUGGAUUUUGUCUGCGAUGAAGAUGAUGAUUGUGGAGAUAGCAGUGAUGAAUUAAACUGUCUCGCCCCAACCUGCAAUCCUGAAAUGUUUCAGUGCAACAGCUCAGAAUGCAUUCUCAAGACCUGGGCCUGUGACCACGAUGAAGACUGUAAAGAUGGGUCUGAUGAAUCGCCUGAGUUGUGUGGGAUCCAGGAGGGAGCUGAGGAAGCCAAGCCAUGCUCUCUGUUGGAGUUCCACUGUGGGAGUGGCGAGUGCAUCCACCAGCGCUGGCAGUGUGACGGAAGCUUUGACUGUAAGGACAGAUCAGAUGAGGCAAACUGUGUGAAAACAACCUGCCGGCCUGAUGAAUUUCAGUGCAAUGAUGGAGCGUGCAUCCAUGGGAGCCUGCAGUGCAACAAGGAGUAUGACUGCGAAGACACGAGUGAUGAGAUUGGCUGUGUCAACGUGACAACUUGCAAGGAACCAAAUGUAUUUAAGUGCCAUUCUGGGGAAUGUAUCAGCAUGGACAAGGUCUGCAAUGGGCUGAAAGACUGCAGGGACUGGUCAGAUGAACCUCUCAAGGAAUGCCGAACUAAUGAAUGUUUGACUAACAAGGGAGGUUGUUCCCACAUAUGCAAUGACCUCAAAAUUGGAUAUGAAUGUUUAUGUCCUGAAGGCUUUCAGCUGAUUGACCAAAGAAAAUGUGAAGAUAUUGAUGAGUGUCUUGACCCUGAUGCCUGUAGUCAAGUCUGUGUGAACCUGAAAGGAAGCUAUAAAUGUCAGUGUAAUGAAGGAUAUGAGACCGAUCCAGCUACCAAGACCUGCAAAGCAAUUGGCACCAUUGCUUACCUCUUUUUUACCAAUCGCCAUGAGGUCAGGAAGAUGACAUUGGACCACAGCGAGUACACGAAUCUGAUCCCCCAUCUUAAAGGUGUACUGGCCUUAGAUAUGGAAAUCACCAAGAAUAAAAUCUACUGGUCUGACAGCCUUCAGAAGAAAAUAUUCAGUACCCCAAUUGAUAAGGCUGGCGACCACUCCCACCAUUCAACUGUGAUUAGCAGUGGCAUCAAAGAGCCAGAUGGCCUCGCUGUUGACUGGGUGCAUCGCAAUAUUUACUGGACUGACUCUGGCCUAGGCACCAUCUCUGUGGCCAACAGUGAAGGCUUGAAGAGGAAGACUCUGAUCAAGGAGGUCGGCAGCAAACCACGUGCCAUUGUGGUGGAUCCAGUCCAUGGGUUCAUGUAUUGGACUGACUGGGGGAUGUCUCCUAAAAUUGCCAAAGGUGGUCUGAAUGGAGUGGACAGUUUCCCCUUGGUGAGAGAAGGCAUUGAGUGGCCUAAUGGAAUAACACUAGAUCUGAUUACUCAUCGCCUUUAUUGGGUAGACUCCAAAUAUCACUCGGUUUCCAGCGUUGAUGUGAAUGGGGGAAACAGAAAGACUAUCCUUGUAGAUGAGGAGAAGUUGGCUCACCCUUUUGGCAUCACGGUCUUUGAGGAUAAGGUAUUCUGGACAGAUGUUAUAAAUGAAGCCAUCUUUAGCGCCAACCGCCGGACUGGCUCAGAUAUUGUCAAAGUGGCAGACAACCUCUUUUCACCUGAGGAUUUGACGCUGUUUCACUCUGUGCGGCAGCCAAAAGGUACAAAUUGGUGUGAGAAGAAUGGCAUCCCCAAUGGAGGCUGCCAGUAUCUUUGCCUUCCCGCUCCCCAAAUCACUCUCCACUCUGCCAGAUACACCUGUGCCUGCCCUGACGGCAUGCACCUGGGCACCAACAUGAGAAGUUGCACCAAAGAUCCUGUUGUACCUGAUGUCCCAGUGUCUGUUGCUGCAACAGUGCAGUCUACAAGGACCUCACCUACAGCAUGGCUACUAACCACAGCCAGGACUCCAAGCCAGAAAACUGAGCAUCUGCCUGCAGAUGUGCUGAAUAAAGUUGUUCCCGGCAUCCUGGAACAUACCACUCGUAAGAUGGUCACCCUGUCCCAGCAAGCUCAAAAUGGCAUUGCUGCAGAAACAGAUGGGACAGAACGGAGUGGUCCAUCAGCACUCGCUGUUGUUCUACCUCUGGCACUGAUUAGUUUAGUCUCUUUUGGGAUUUUCCUCAUUUGGAAGAACUGGCGUCUCAAGAACACCAACAGUAUCAAUUUUGAUAACCCUGUUUAUCAGAAGACAACUGAGGAUGAAAUUCAUAUCUGUCGGAGCCAGGAAGGAUAUACGUACCCAUCGAGACAAAUGGUCAGUCUGGAAGAUGACGCAGCAUGAAACUGCCUCUACACCUCAAGCGCCUCUCUCAGGACUUUGCUGCUUAUUUUCUGGGAGGAAGAACACGCGUGGUCUGGCUUCAGUUCUCUCCCAGGCAUCCAAUACCACUUCCUGAGUGACUUGAUGGAUCGUUCCCACUCUCCCUUAUUUGUUUAAGAAGGGGGGCAUUUGUCAGCUGCCAUCUUCACGGGACGUUGCAAGUGAAAAUUGAUGGCAUUGUUGGUUUUUUAUGUUUUUUCUAUAUUUAUUGUUGUGCCCAGUUCUAACAGGGCACUGGUAUCUCUGAUGUGCUUUGGCUCUCCUUAAUCUGACAUGGUGAGACUAUUCCUAGGUGUGAAAAAUAGGAAUUCAACUGAGAGAAGUUCUUCUCUGGGUGUAAGUUUGGGUGUGGUGGGGCCUUCCUGUGGGGAGACCUUUGUGCCCUGAUUGAUUAGGCAUGAAGUAAGCCUGGAAGGGCUGGGAGCCUAAGUCUAAUCUGAGACAAGAAGUCAAAGUCAUCUAGUCCACGAGCUUCUAGAUCCCUCUCAAACUAGACCAGACAAGUUUUGAAAAUGGAUCCCAUCAUCCAUGUUGUCAACAAGAAACAUUGACUUUAUUUUCUAACUCCAAAGGAAAAAAGCUCAAGGUAUUUGAUCCUGUUGAGAACCUCCCUGUUGAUUCAGGGUUGCCUGUUCUGCUCCAGCUUUCCCUGUCCAAUCUACCAUGCACUUUUGUUUUUGGGUUCAGUUUGUGAUCUGUGUAGCCUGUAAUCUUGUACAACAAUAUUUGCACUUGAUUGUUUUCCUGGUCUCUCUGGUCACCUGUGUCCAGAAAGUAAGAGGGGAAAAAAACCAAACCAAUGAUACAAACAGGCUGACUCUGGGAAUGUUGCAUUUGCUUGGUGCUGGGCCUCUUGUGCCUUUAGUGCAGGUAGACAGAAAAGGGCAAUAGACUGUGCUGGCCAAAAAACAGGAAUCGGAAGCCAUUUCCCCCCCAUAUUCCGUCUCAACUCACUGCCAUACUGUUGCCUUAAUAUUGCGCCUCCCUUUUCUUCAGUGUUACUUUUUUAUACUUCCCUUCCUAAAGGAAAUAAUGCUUUUUAUACAGGGAUGGAGAUGCACAAUGGAUUCCCCCUUCUCCACUGAGUUGUAGCACAGAAUCAGAGUUUCAUGUAAGUCAGAAAGAACCUGUCCUACAUGUGUCACUUUCUGUAGUCGAAGGCAGUGGUCUGUUACGCAUUCUGAAGUGGGCUGAAACUAAGCUGAUUUGCUCUUUUGCAACUGAAUUUUCUGGAAUGGUAAACAGAUGAUAUCCUGACUACUUGCUACUUUUAAAAUACUGGUUACAGAGAAGUAGAAUUAGGAUAUCAAUGCAAAAGAUCUGCUAUUAGUAUAACCUUUCCCAUUCCCUCUAAGAAACAGAAAAUACUUGUGCACCCUGUCUCCCUUUGGUAAUGCAGAACAGUCAUUGGUUAGGAUAAGAAGUGGCAGUUUUUUGCUCUUGGCCUGGCACUUCUAAUUCCCUUCCCUUUGAGAGGAAAAGCACUAAAUGCCAAGGGGAAGCCCUCAGACCUUUUGUCCGGAAGCUGUGAAAGAUGCCAACCUCUUUCACCUAUUGUAAAGUGUGUAAAUAAUGUAUGUGGUCUAUGUUAAGGUAUAGAUUUCCUUUGCACAAAAGUUGCCUUGUCUAUUUGUACAUAUGUUCAUAAAAUUCAUGACUUAUUUAUUUAUAUGUUUAUAUUAUUGUGAUUGCUAAUUGGGCUGUUUUUCUGUCCCACCUUAUGUUACUAUGUCUUUUUCAUUCUUUUCCACAAAAACUCUGCUUGGAGUGUGCAUGUUUGUGUGUGUGUGAUGUAAAUGUUGCCCCUAUCUGGACUAAUCUGACAGGAUGAACGCAGUAUAAAACGUAGGUAUUUGUAGAAAUAUACUUUUCAAAGAACACAAGAUCUACUGCUACUUCACAUGGUUGGACCUUCUCCUUUAGUCUAUGGUUUGAAUCACAGAUUAUUUUUGCUCUCCUACUGGUGCUCUUAAUAGAAUGCCUGGUAGUGAGGGACUGAUACCAAAUGAAUGAUUAACUUUGUCUUCUGCAAUAUUUAUGAAUCUAGUAAACCUAGAAGAGGUAUGUUUCCCUUAGAUGCCCCUUUAACUGCUGACAGCAUUUCUUAACUAGCUAUGGCACUGCAUGUUUUUGUUAUUGUCCUCUGCUGCCCAGUUUCUUCUGGGUCAGCAGAAUUGACUACAGCUGGAGGCAGCUGGGAAUCAAUUGUUUUUGGUUCUGGUGCCUUUUGCUGUUGCACUGUGAAUUUUUAAACUCAAUUCUGCAUCACUGUAUUAGAAUUGCAUGUGAGUGCCCAAAUUCAUAAAUGCAAGUUGUCGUGAGGGUCAACAAAAGUUUGUAAUGAUCAACAAUUAGGGAAGGUUCUGUUUUUACAUCUUCAAGAAAGGACAGAAAAUAUGAUGUAAUAGCUUAGGGGCCUUAAAAUGAACUUUUGAAUUUUUUUUUUUUAGGGGUAUUAUAUUAAACAUCAUCAUAGAGGCUUUUUCUGAAAUCAAAGUCAGUUUGAUGAAUUGUUUUAAAGAAAAAAAAUCACAAGGUUGAUGGAAGGAGUGCCUCCUGUAAAAGAACCUCUUGUGUUGCUAAGCAGCUGCUUUAAUAUUUCAGCCUCUGUCAAAAGUGAUUAUUAGAAUGACAAUCGUUGUGAAAAGCCUCACCAAUUAGAGGCUGAACCCUCCAAACAGCCUAGGCAUAUUAAGUGGGUUCUCUUGGUUUGGCUGUCUUCCAAAAUCUGCAGUUUUUUACACAAGCAUUAGCAUGGUGCCACUUGGGACAAAAAAUGUGGAUUUUGAGAGGAUUAUGUCAACUGUCUAGUUCUUUUUUUUUCCUACAUCAGUCUAGAACUCUGCUCUAAUACCUCUCAUGCACCUGCAUGACUCUCCAGAGCUGUAGGAUAGGACCAUAGGAUGGAGCUGUGUUCUCAUUUUAUGAAGCUAGCUUUAGGACAGUCCUUUCAGCCUACAAAUCACGAGCCACACUUAAUGGACUUGUUCUGAUCCGUGGAAUGAUAGGGUCAGUUAGGUUUCAGGAUGUUUAUGUUAAAUCUCAGUGUGUUUUUCAAGAUUUUUUUUUUUUUUCCAAAAGCAGAAAACCUAUGGAAGAUGGUUGGGAAUGGGUGGCAUGCUGAAGCAAACAGCAGGCCUUUGCUUGGUUCACUCAGCUCUGGUGUGGUGGAAGGUUGCAGAAUGACUUGGAAUGCAGUGGAUGACAGGGCUCUCCCUUCUUUCUGUGAUACCCUCACUUCAUGCUUGCAUAUGUUGGUUCUGUUGCCUUCCUGGUUGAGGCAAAGGAAAUCCAGGUGAAGCCAUUUUAACUGGAUAGUUAAACUGGUUUUACAUGUAAGCAUCUGACUAGUAAGUUGUACCUUUACAGAUGCAUUGAGCUAUAUUUUUUUAAAUAUUAAACAUGCCUUUGUUGGAAAUUUAUGGGGUAUUUCCCCAGAUAUUGAAUGAAUUUAAUAAAUAUUUAAAUAUGC